AUGGAGAAAGAACAAGCUACAGAUCGACAAGCAAAUUGCAGAGAAAGGCUUCGAGUAAAGUUGAAACCAAUUGGAAAGGAAGGUCUUGUCCCAUCGGAAAUUAAGGAAGAUUUAUAUCUUGCUGAAGUGGCUGAUAUAGCAUUUCGUCUCUUGAUGACAGACGUGUAUCCACUAGCUAGUGCCAUCGGUAUAUCCGAAGAUAAACUAAGAUCAUACAAAAAACUAUAUCUGACUCCUUCUAACAUGUCAAAAGGAACAGUAGGAGUCAUGAGAAAUAUGUGUGCAAAUAGAAAGAUGAGCAGAAGACUGUUGUGUGAUAUUCUCAAACAAAACUUCCCUGAAAUUGGUCAUCUUCUGAAAUACGGAUACGAAGUCUCACACGCUGAUUUGUGUGACGUCAGCUAUGGAGAAGGUUCUAAAGAGGCGAACCGCAUCAAAAUUCAUAAGAAUCUGGGAAUAAUCAGCGAAGUAACAGACACCAUGAACAUGCUCAAGUAUUGGAGGUCCUUGGUGAAGUGCCCAACAUACAAUUGGAGAAAAGCCUUGGCUGAAGCUGUCUAUCCAGUUCUAGGGAAUGAAAAGGCACUUAGCAUUCUUGCAGGUGACAUUCGUCGCAGUGGAAUGCAGUCUGGUAAUGUCAUCAAAUAUCUUGAAGACAAUACUAUGCCUCGACAAGCACUGAGCAUUGCCCACAUUCUUGGGGUCGGGAACGUCGGGCAAUUGACUUACAGGCAUGUCAUCAACGCCUUUAUGGGAUCCCCGAAAAGCCAAGCAAUGGACGAGAUGCAACGUCAGCACUUGCGCAAACGUCUCGAAGAUGAAGGAUUCAGGGCCUUUCCGGAAAAACUGAUCAAGAUCGUAGAACCUAUAGACUUUGACAACAAAAGUAUCGCCCCUGAGGACAUCGAAAAGGAAAUAAGGAAAGAUGUUACCACUAAGUUAUCUGAGACCCUAAAUGUUCGAGUCAAGUUUUCCGAAGCAACGUCUAAUCUGAAGCAAGUCCUGGAAGAGUGGAUUGACCCACCAAGGCGUAAAGCAUUACAGCAGCAGGAACGCAUUCACAUCAGCGAUCGACUUCUGAAAGAGGGUUUAAUUGAUUUCUCACUUGAAGUCAUGUUGGGUCUUAAGCCAAGGGAGCCCCUCAAUGCUACACAGAUUAACUCAAAAUCUUCGCAAUCUUCCACUCCUGGUUUCAGUCAAGGUUCUUCAAAAAUCGAAAGAUUCAUGCAAGGAAUCAUGGGAGAUGUCAAGGAUGGGGUCGUCUACACAGAUGUCUUAAAAACAAUACCCAGAGGAAGCACUGCCGUCUUGAACUGCGAAUUCUACGGAGAACCUUUAGCAGUUUACUGGAAGAAAGGACACGACCCAGCGCAAGCAACGCUAUUGGUGACAUGGAUGGAUAAUAAGAUAUGGCCGGGUCUUUGUGCUGAAGAUAACUCCUGUGAGAUAGCAAAUAACUAUUCCCUGAUCAUCAAAGAAGCACAGAUAAAAGAUGAGGGCCGCUACAUAUGUCGAGUUUCAAACUACCGGGGCUUUCUAAUCCACGAUUUUACUGACCUGAGUGUAGUAGAGCCACCUAGAGAACCUUACCCGGCCAUUAAGGAAUGCAAUAACUCAUCGUCGUUUAUUCAAGACUUCAGUUGUACCAUUACCACACUUACCACUGUAAACCUCACCUGCUAUGCUUCUGGCUUUUACCCCAAACUGAGCCUGUUCUUUUUGCACGGGACUGAGAAAAUUGCUUUGUCCGAGACGAAAGAAUGGACCAAUGACGAUGAAACCAGAAACAAGUCGGUUUUAAUUAUUGCAGCUCCAAGUGAAAGGCCAUACGUGUGUGUUGCAUCAGAUCUACCUGGACAACACAAGGAACGUGCAGUGACAGCAUUUGUUCGGCUUCCGGAAGACCAAACUUCUACCCCCGUAGAAUCAACAACCAUGACAACAAUUCUUAUGGUUAUUGGUAAGGAUGCUGAUGGUUGA